AUGUCUUCCGAGCGUUCUCGUUUGCGUGAAAAAGCAGGUUUUCUUAAAAACCGCGUCUUGUCGGUUGUCGCAUCGGCUUCGGCGUCUUACUAUGCAGGGACAUCGACCGCCGAACCUACAGACAUAAACGAGUUGGAGUCUCAAGUGCUUGCCACGGCUCACGAAGAUUUAAGGACAGUCGAGCAGCAUUGUAUAUUAAUUCCUACAUAUGCUUUUCUGGAUCCAGAAAACGAAGGCAUGUGGAAUGUGCGAGUACGCGGAUGGGCUUAUUCUAUGAAAAAGAGUCGAAAACGAAGGGUUGCACGAAAAGUGACUGGCGUGACAAAAGACGAUGUUCGCAACAGACAUCUCGAAGAACGUUUCGGUAUGUUUCUCGCCAAGAACCUCCGUCAUCAACGCUAUACCGUCGAGAUCACCGGUGUCGCGCAACCCACGCACAUGGAACUGGAUUACGAGUUGGAUUCUGACUAUGAAGACGAUCAAGUCUUUAACAACGGUAUUCCGGAUUCCAAAAAGACAUCGUCGGCGGAUGAGGACGAUUUAUCUUCGAGUGGAAGUAGCGAGGGAAACGACGAUGAUUCGAGUGUGAGCAAAAAAGUGGAAAUCGUCGAAGAACAGGAUCUCGAAGAGCCUGUGAUACAUGUCACGAGUAAUACCGGUCAUUUCUCCGGAAAGAUUUUGAUUCCUACGGCUGCGGUUGAUAAAUGGAUAGCUGCAGUGAGCGAUUGCAGAAAGAACGUGAGACUGUUGCAAUUGCAGGCUACGCCGGAAGGAAGGAGAAAACCUCACGCAUCGCCCGGUUUGGCGAAUUUGGUCGAGUUAGAGGGCCUUUCCAUCAUAUCUGACAUUGAUGAUACAAUCAAAGACACUAACAUUGGUGGUGGUGCACGUGCAGUGCUCAAUAAUACCUUUUUACUUGAGACGAAAGAGGUUACAGGCAUGGCGAAUGUCUAUAUGAAUUGGUAUAAUCGCGGGGCAUCAUUUCACUAUGUCUCCAACUCGCCAUGGCAGCUAUUCCCUAUGCUUACAGCAUUCUUUCACACCAAGAAAUUUCCGCCUGGAUCAGCUCAUCUGAAGUUUUAUAAUGAUUUGGUGAGAACACUAUUAGAUGAACCGCAGAGAAAUAAAAGAGAUACCAUAUUGGAGAUAUUGAAAGACUUUCCCAAGCGUAAAUUUAUAUUAAUUGGAGACAGUGGUGAAAUUGAUAUGGACAUUUAUUCUGCCAUAGCCAAGGAACAUCCAAACCAAAUCCACCACAUAUUCAUUCGUGAUGUCUCGACUGAACGUCUCAAGGAUCUGCCUGCUCCUCCGGCUAAACGUUCUCGUUCUUUCCCCUUUAUUCCCAGUCGCACUUCGUCCUCAAAUUCCUUCAAAAGCAGCAAAUCUAUGCCAGCAAUUGCCACCAAUGCCAAUACUGCCAACAAUACCGGCAAUGGAACUCCUGCUUUAGAGAGCCCCGUAUCUCCGGUUUCAGAUGAGAUGAGCCCGUUGGAUAGUCCGGAAUAUCACCCUACAGAUUUUUCAAAGACGCCAUUAGAGGAAUUUCACGAGAGAGUGGAAAAAUGCAGGGCUAUGACUCCCAACGAGGCCUUUACACUGUUCAAGGACGCGACAGAGUUGGAGCAUCAUGAAGCUCUCGACACUGCGUUUGAACUAGUGAAAAGAUCGAGACUAUUUGAGUAA